UUUGAAUCGCCUGAAAUACCACCUCAUGCAAGCAUAAACCGUUUUCUUUUUUUUUUUCCACAGAUUCACAGAUUUCCAUUACGCAUAUGUUAUACUCGCAAUUUCAAUUUCUGCACUUUGAGGUCUUCACAGAAACCCGUCUACUGUCAGCGAUUCAGUAAAGAUUACUAACAUUGCUUCUAUCUGUCUUUUCUAGCUGGGAGAUCAUCGACUCCGGGCAGGACAGCCGGUCUGGGACUGGACCUCAGCUCAGCGACUCCCUCAAACUCUUCCUCCAGGAGAUGUCAGCUUUCAAACAGCAGAAUCCUGGCAAGUUUUGCCUGCUGGUUUGCAGUUUCUGCACCUUCUUCGCUGUCUUAGGACGCUACAUUCCAGGGAUUGUUAUCUCAUAUAUUCUAGUGCUGGGUGUUUUCUUGUGGCCUCUGAUUUCGUCUCACGAGGUUGGUUUGUGGCUGGAGCCAGUUCUGCAGAAGCUGGACUUUGGCAUCGGGGAGUUCAUUCAGAAAAUUAAGGAGAACCACGAGAAAAGGAUCUUGCAGGCUCAGACUGAGAAGGAAGGCAUCGAGUCGGACCUGUCCUCCAUGUUUCCCAAGGUUGGCUGAUCACCUCAGUCUAAUGAUUCCUCUGUUGACUGACAAGAUCCAGUUAAAGCUAAUUGAAAUUCAGUUCACAUGAUCCACAUCAGCAUCGAGGUCUGUGCCAAAGUGAACGCCAAAAGUUUUUGCUCUUCAAGCCGUAACAUCUGACUACAGAUUACAUUCACUGAGCGUGCUUCUCUUAAAAGGCUCUGAUGUCAGGAUUUCUUGAACUUAUAUUCAAAGGUCUGAAUUUGAUUUCUAUUCAAGGCCAAAGGUCUGGAACGAUUGAUGUCAAGGUGAUAAGUUUUCGCCCAGGCCACUCGCAGAGAGGCUUCAGCAGCUCUCUCUCUUGCUGUGUCGUAGAUUUCACAAACAACUUAAUUUGCUGAUUCAUGGGAAGAUUGUAACUGUUGAAGUUUUAUUGUCCUCACUUCUGUAUUUGGAGGAUAUUGCUGUUUGAAAUGCCCGUGCUUUUUGUCAUAGUGGCGUUUAACAUUUCCACUCUUCACAACUGUAACUGUCUCUGUGCAAAUCAAACUGCUGGAUUUGGGCAAAAUAAACGCAUAUUUCUCUGUCAACUCGUCUUUGAAAACUUGUGCAUUGACAAUAUAACGUACACUCACAGACAGGACAGAACGUGAACGUCCAUUAGACGUUCACUAACUUCAUAAUUUUGAACGGACGCUCGUUAGCCUUGAACUCUGACGUAACUUAAACAUCAUAUGCUUCCCGGCUGUCAACGUUGCCAUGGCAACAAUGUAAAACAGGAUAUGAUUACGUUUAAG